AUGGUCCUCGACCGGAUCGACGAGAUCGAUCCGCAGGUGAGUGCGUAUUUGCAGGUCACGCCCGAUCUGGCGCUGAGCCAGGCCCGAGAUGCCGACACGCGGCUUCGAGGCAUUGGGGCCGGUCCGGGACCGUUGACAGGCAUCCCUGUGAUGAUCAAGGACAAUAUAUCGACGGCCGGAGUGGCCACGACUGCCGGAUCGCGCAUGCUGGAGGGUUAUGUCCCGCCCUACAACGCGACCGUGGUGGAACUGUUGCAGGCGGAUGGCGCAGUGAUGGUGGGAAAGGGCAACCUCGACGAGUUCGCGAUGGGGUCGUCGAAUGAGAAUUCCGCGUUCUCCCCGGUACACAACCCCUGGGAUACAGGCAGAGUCCCUGGCGGAAGCAGCGGCGGCGCGGCCGCCGCAGUGGCUGCUUCGAUGUGUUUUGCGGCCCUGGGAUCGGACACCGGUGGGAGCAUACGGCAGCCCGCCGCACUAUGCGGGGUGGUGGGAAUGAAGCCCACGUACGGCCUCGUCAGCCGCUACGGGUUGAUAGCUUUUGCAAGUUCACUUGACCAGAUCGGCCCGAUCGCCAGAGAGGUGCGCGACUGCGCCGAUGUCCUUGACGUGAUCGCCCGGCCCCGACGUGCGCGAUUCGACUUCCGUGAAGAGCCCGGUCGAUGGUUACGCCAAGGACCUUGA